UUGAUACUGUGCUCUUCGACCCCUGCUACCAACACACAAGAAACUUGUACAACAUGGGACGAAAAGUGACUUUAGCGACCUGUUCCCUCAACCAGUGGGCCAUGGACUUCGAGGGAAACUCAAAAAGAAUACUUGAAAGCAUUGAAAUUGCUAAGAAAAAGAAUGCAGCCUACAGAUUAGGCUCUGAGCUGGAGAUAUGUGGAUAUGGUUGUUCCGACCAUUUCUACGAAGGUGACACCCUGCUGCACAGUUUUGAGGUGUUGGCCAUGUUACUCCAGUCUCCUGUCACUCAGGACAUCAUCUGUGAUGUCGGCAUGCCCAUCAUGCAUAAGAACGUGCUCUACAACUGCCGAGUCAUCUUCUUAAACAAGAAGAUCCUUCUGAUUCGUCCAAAGAUGCACCUGUGCAAUGAUGGAAACUACCGAGAAGAAAGAUGGUUUACUCGCUGGAUGAAACAAAGACAGGUGGAGGAAUAUUUCCUACCCAGAAUGAUCAGUUCCAUAACAGGACAGAAAACUGUUCCGUUCGGAGAUGCAGUUAUUUCCACCAGAGACACCUGUAUUGGCAGUGAGACUUGUGAAGAACUCUGGGCUCCAUCCAGUUCCCAUAUAGCCCAGAGCCUGGAUGGAGUGGAGAUCUUCACCAACGCCAGCGGCAGUCACUUCAGUCUGAGGAAGGCGUACGUACGAGUGGACCUGGUCAAGUCAGCCACGGCUAAGUGCGGGGGUAUCUACCUGUUUGCGAACCAGAAGGGUUGUGACGGAGACCGUCUGUACUAUGACGGGUGUUCCAUGAUCGCCAUCAACGGGAGUUUCGUGGUUCAGGGCUCGCAGUUCUCGCUGGACGAUGUGGAAGUUCUGACCGCCACGCUGGACCUGGAGGACGUCAGGAGUUACCGCGGGAACUUCGCGUCCAGGGCGCGGGCUGCAGCCCAGUCAGAGUCCUACCCCAGAGUGCAGGUGGAUUUCUCCCUGUCUAAAGAUGAUGACAUCUUCCUGCCGUCAUACGAGCCGGUAGACUGGAGGUACCACAGCCCCGAGGAGGAGAUAGCGUUAGCCCCUGCCUGUUGGCUCUGGGACUACCUCAGGAGAAGUGGACAGGGAGGUUUCUUCCUUCCCCUGAGUGGAGGUAUUGACAGUUCUUCCACGGCCUGUAUCGUGUCAUCCAUGUGUCAUCUGGUCUGUCACGCUGUCAGCAAUGGGAAUCCCCAGGUCCUCUCAGAUGUGAAGAGGAUAGUUGGAGAUCCAGAUUACGUCCCUCAGAAUCCCAGGGAUCUGGCAGGACGGAUCUUUGUGACAUGUUACAUGGCCAGCGAGAACUCCUCAGAAACCACCAGGAACAGGGCACAGAAGUUAGCAGAACAAAUCGGCAGUUGUCACCAGUCGAUCCAGAUAGACACAGCUGUCAGUGCUGUGAUCGGCAUCUUCACAGCCGUCACGGCUGUCAUACCGAAGUUCAAAGUUCACGGCGGAAGUCCUAGAGAGAACCUGGCUUUACAGAAUGUACAGGCCCGUUUGCGAAUGGUGCUGGCGUAUCUGUUUGCCCAGUUGUCUCUGUGGGCACAGGGCCGACCAGGGGGGCUACUGGUUCUGGGGUCAUCUAAUGUGGACGAGAGUUUACGAGGCUACCUGACAAAGUAUGACUGCUCCAGCGCAGAUAUCAACCCCAUUGGUGGGAUCAGUAAGACUGACCUGAGAGCCUUCAUUCGCUACUGUGUGGACAAGUUUGGCUUCACUGCACUCAAGGAAAUAUAUGAUGCCCCACCCACAGCUGAACUAGAGCCCCUAGCUGAAGGCCAGAUUGCCCAAACUGAUGAGGAGGACAUGGGGAUGUCGUAUGAGGAACUGUCGACGUACGGCCGUCUGCGUAAGAUGAUGAAGUGUGGACCUUACAGUAUGUUCUGUAAACUCAUCCACACAUGGAAGAACACCUGCAGUCCUGCACAGGUCGCAGGAAAAGUGAAACAUUUCUUCAGGUCAUACUCCAUCAACCGCCACAAGAUGACCACCCUGACUCCGUCGGUCCACGCUGAAAACUACAGCCCCGACGACAACCGCUUCGACCUGCGCCAGUUUCUGUACAACGUGGCCUGGACGUGGCAGUUCAGGGCCAUAGACAAACAGGUGGAGACACUAGAAAGGAACAAGUCCACUUCCAACGCAGAAGAAUCUACGACUUAGGAAAAAGAAUUCUCAGGGACAUAAUCAAAGAAGAUGUCAGGGACUAUACAUGCUGUUAAAAGUUUUUGAUUUGGUGAAGACAAUUACGGAAUGGAAAUUGUUAUGGUCUUGUUUUAGUAAAGUAUACUAAGUUUUUUUUUUAUUAGACUAUAGCUGGAGAAUAUGUUGGUGAAAAUGUACUGAAUCUUAAAAUGUUAAUUAAAGAAAACGCAGUGUCUUCUCUACUGUAAAAUCAUCACACUAUACAUUCAUAUGAUAUAUGAUCAUUGUAGUACAUGUAUUUGUGAAGACAAAACGUUACUUGGCUACAUGAACAGAACAAAAAUUCC